GACUACAACAACACCCACGCACAAUGUUGAGACCGACAAUCGUGCGCAAAGUGACGAGGCUACGGGGCGUUCGGUUCGCGUCGAGGUCGCCGUUCGGCCUGAAAGAGUUUGGACUGAGAGGGCCUGGCAGCUCGGACAAUGCGUUUCCCCCAGACCCCGCGGAGCGGGAACGCCGGCGACAGGAGCGACAGGAGCGGGCGCCUCGCUCAGCACCGUCGUUCAGGAGGAGAGACGACGAUGGUGAUGUCGAGAGAUCAUCACGGUACGAGGAGCGUGGCUUCAGGCCUCGCUUCAAGUCAGCCGGCAGGUCGUCGAGGUUUGACUCCAAGCCGACCUUCAACUCGCGCAGGGAGGUCGAGGGCGAGCCUGAGUGGGAGCCAGACUUUGAGCCAGACUUCGAGACUAUCUUCAAGACUGCCGCUACUUCUUCUUCCAACGCUGCGUUCGAGCCCACGGAGCGUGCACCAGGCGUUACGGGCCCGCCACCAGCCACCCCACCGCCGCGACCACAGUACGUCGCCAACACGGCGCCGGGCCAGCCCGACCCUUCGACCUUCCCACUGUACCGGCCCGAACCUGAGGACCGUGUUCCGACAGAAGAGGAGAUCAUGACCAAGUUUCCUCUGGACAGCAAAGGUCUGCCGUCCAUCGCGGCCAUCCACAAGGAGGCCAAGACGCAGAUUGUGGAAGACGCCAUCCGCAAUGUUCCAGAGUUUGACGAGGAGGGCCUGCGCGCGUUCUACUCCAGCGUCGUGCUCUCCGGCGCGGCGGAGGAGGUGAAGCAAGGCUUGGCGCAGAUCGAAGCUCCGGAGUCACACAGGCACACGUCGAAGUACGAGCGGGCGAGGCUGUUCCAGGAGCUGCGCGCGCGGCUGGAGGCGCCGACGGACGAGCAGGCCGAGGAGGGCGCUCCUGCACCUCCCUCGCUCAUUCCAACGUUACCCGAGUCCACGCCUGCGCAUAUCGCCCUCACCGCUGCACUCAUCAACCUCGCCCCUGCGGAGCCCCGGGGGCCGACAACGAUCCCCCUCGGCAUCGUGCGCAAGGGAGAGUGGCAGGCUCUGCUUGACAGUUUCGCUGCAAGCGGCGACGCUACCGGAGCCGAAGUCCUACUGAGUACCAUGGAGCGCCAUGGCGUCUUGCCGACGCAGGGUCAGCUCGACCAGGUUGUCGAAGUGUACGCCAAGCUGGGCGAUACUGCUGCUGUCGCGAGGCUGAUCUCUGAUUUCGAGAAUGUUGGGCUCGAGAUCACAGACCACCACCGCGACAUGCUCGUCUCAUCGUACCUCAACGGACCGAAUGGUAGCUCCGAGGCAGCCAUCUCCCUCCUCACCGCCAGCGAGAACAUCAGCAAGCCCUUCCCUCAGUCUUCAUACGGCGUUGUCCUCAAACACCUCACUGUGUCCAGCCCAACAACGCAGGUCAACUCGCACUCGCGCGCACUCGCAUGGGAUCUGUUCGCGCACAUGCGCUUCGCUGCCCACCCCCAGCCCACACGCGAGCUGUACACGAUCAUGAUCAAUGUUUGUUCGGACGCGCGCGAGCCUCAGCCCGAGCGUGCUCGUGACCUGUGGAUUGAGAUGACGACCGAGGGCGACCAGAUCCAGCCCAAGCGCGAGGAGUUUGACGCCAUCAUCCGUGCCCUUGGCAGUACCAAGGAAAACUAUCUCGAGGCGUACGAUCUCCUCGGUCAAAUGCUCGGCAAGCACGAGGAGGCCACUCUUGUGCCAUUCGAGGACUCGGAGAUCCAGCGUGUUAUCUCGCCCUGGACGCCGACCAUUGAGACGUUCGCUGCACUGUUGGAGGGAACUAAGCGUGCGGGCGAUCUCGACCGUGCGCGCUGGAUCCUCAACGAAGUCGUCGACCUCUCGCGUGCCGCGGCCUUUGCGCACACCAACUCGAUCAAGGGUCCCGAUGCCGAAAUGAUGGCUGGUGUGUUCCAGACCUACGCGGCGUGGAACCCGCCUGUUACGCGUAAAUCGGUCACUCGCACGAACGGAGAACGAGAAGAGGCCGCCGCUGAGGAGGCCGAGGCAGACGAGGAUCCUACCAACAUCGCCGAGGCUGAGGCUGAGGCCGAGUCCUCCACGGUCGGACCUCAGACCAGCGCCGAGGCACUUGCCGAGGCUGUUGUGCUGUUCCAGCAGAUUCUCAAGGACACAGCUGCUGCCCGCGAAGGCCCAGUGUCUAUCAUCCAGCACCCCUUCGCCAACGUGCGACUGUCGCGUCGCCUGGUCAACUCGUACAUGUCGGUUCAGCUCAAGCACGCCAAGUCCCUUGCCGACGCGCGCACCACGUUCAAUGAGACCUGGGCCGAGCUGGCAGGCAGCGACACCAUCCCGACGAGCACGGCGACUUUCACACUCCGGCCCAACGGCUGGAGCUACAUCAACGUACUGGACCGUUGUGCUCGCGGCCGGCUGCCCACCGACGACCGCGCUGUCGCCCAGGAGUGGGGACAGGAGAUGUUUGAGGCCUACCGCGCAUGGCAACCCAUUGCACUCGCGGCUCUGGGCAACGGCCCUGACCGUGCGUCGGCCCGCCGCCGCUGGCUCGCCGGUCUCGCCGAGCGCCAGGUCGAGGCCGCGUGGUCUGCUGGGAUCCGCCUGGCGGCCAUCGGCGAGGACAACGAGCGUGGACUUGCGCUGGUCAAGGAGUUCUGGGGCAUCUACCCGCCCACCGCGAUCCGCGAGACGUACAGCCCUGUUCUUAAGCCCGACCUCGGCGUGCGCAUGGUGGACAUUGCGGCUGUCGCUGAGCCUGAGAUCCCGCCGCACCUGCUUUUCGACGACGUCAAGGUGCUGCACCAGCACUUUGUGCGCGACGAGAACUGGACGGCUGUCAAGUACCUGACCUUUGUGGCCACGUCGUACGGCAAGGCCUUGGAGACGCGCCGCAAGUGGCGUAUCAAGGGCGCCGGAGUGUCGCGCGAGCUGCGGAAGAAGCGUGAGCGGGAGGGCAAGCUCGCCGCGCCGCGUUUGAGGAGGGGCUCGUUGGCGGCGCCGGUGACGUCGGCAGCGGCCCCGGCUGCAGAGGAGGAGGAAGAUUAAGCACCCAUCAUAAAUACCCUGCACUUGUAUACCAUACCAACCAACCGCUCUGUAUCCCCGCUCUGCAUUGAUAAA